GGAGCCGGCGAAUUACAAACUCCAGUUAAGUGGCGCACCGUCCUCCUCCUCCUCCUCUCCUCCUCCUCUUCCUCCCCAUCUUUCACCCAGAGUCAACCCAGGCGUUAGAGGGGAGCGCAUCCUCACCGUGCAAGCCCCGUGGGAAUCAGAGAGCAUCUCUGUGAGGCUGUCAGCGCCAAAAGCGGCUGAGCUCUGCGGUGUAAGAGGGGAGGGAAACAUAUAGACAAAGAGAGUGAGGGGAGGGAGAUGGGUCCGGAGACGCUGAGGCAUCCGUGAUUGUGAACUAAACGGCGGUAAAGUUGUUCAGCUCCGCUCGGAUCUUUUUCUCCAGGUCGUUGAGGUGAGUUUCUCUCAGCUGCAGCCCAGAUGGUGCAUGUCUUACCUGGUGCAUGAUGUGGACUGUUGCAAACAUCUGUCCUAGGCAUUUUUCUUAGAUGUGCUGAUAAGUGACACGACAUCAGUUGUUUAUUGCAUGAUCCAGCGGUUACCUGCAUCAUACUAAAGACUGAGCAGUUUGUGUGACUUUUUCUCAUGUGGGUUUAUUAAUUAUUCUGUUGCAUAAAAUUCGUAAAACAAGCAGUGCUUUAAGAUCACGCUGUAAGGUACAAAUCCACUGUGAUUUAUGAAAUUCUCCACUCAAGGAAACACUGGAAAAUACCUUGUAGGCUUAUCUUAGCAGAUAUGCUGUAAUUUAAUUCUGACUAGAGUGCUAUGAGACAAGAUAAGCCCUAUGAGAGGAGGAAAUCUGCUCUCUUCUCCUUUCUCACUCUCACUUGUCCGCCUUUCUCCAGCUUUUUCCUCUCACCCAGUCUCUCUAAUCCCCCUUCUCGCAACCCUCACUCUCUGCCUGCCUCUGUCUCUCUGUCAGCUCUAAUAGCACAGGGAGUUUGCAACAGCAGACUGCUUCACUUCUGAUACUCCUCUCUGCCUUUGCUCAGACUCGACUGCCUUUCAGAUGUCCACCCUGUCUUCAACAGCUGUCACCUUGCAUGAUUAAUAUUCCACAAAGUGUUACAUAACACGUCAGAUAGUUUUUGAUGCUGUGGCUGCAGGCCGAUGUUAUCACCGCUUGUCUGAUAAUCAAUAUGUGAAUGUGUGACAGAGCAAUUACAGUCUACUUAAGUGUUAUGGACCUUACUGUGGUCAAAUCAUUAGUGUCAGAUCUGUCACAGUCACUGUACACACGUUAACAUGUGAAGGUGAACAGUCUCACACACACACACACUCUCACAAAGUCAGAGGUCAUGGCUAUCGAGCUCUGAGAGGAUUGAUUGUGUCAGUGUGGAGAGUAAGAGCAGGCUGAGAGGAGCCUUGGAAUGAUUGUAAGAGAUCUCACACUGCCUAACAAUCAAUUAUGACUAUUCUGGUUUGAGUUUGUCAAUAAUUUGAUUUGCAUACAAUUUUCAGGGCAUUUGAAUCACUUUGUUUCAAGGGCUUCAGCCUCCUAUUAUGGCAUAUUUACAGUCUUAUCAGAGAUGGCUGCAUCUUUUAAAUAUAACAUUGUGAGAAUGGUAAAAUUCAUGUCAUAAGAGUGAAAGAUGUUCUGUGGUUCAAUUUGUAGAGACUGAAGAAAUGUUUCCUCAAAAGAAAGACCCUAAACUGUUCUCAGUAGAGGUACACUGAUCAUUUGCCCCGGCUGAUUAUCAGACUAUCUGUAUCUGCCUUCUAGUUGACUCUGCACUUAAAAUAUCACAAAAAUCUUUUCUAAACAAAAAAAUGUUUUUUCCAAUCACAGAUGACAGUUACUGACCAUUAUCUCAUACAAAUUCUGUCAUAUUGUGUAAAAUAAUUCAGUUUAAUGUUGCUCCUGGUGUAAAUACCUGUCACGGUCUGAAAUCUGUGGCAAAAAUCUAUCUAAAACACCCAGCUGGUUAAGAUAUCAGAUUUUUAUUUUUAUGCGCAUAAUGGAUAUACUGUAAAUAUAACUUCCUUUUAAAUUCAAACUCAAAUAUUUACCUUUUAUUUUUUAAAUUUCUCAAUAUCGGCAGAUAGAUCAAUUGAAACCCCAGAGCUCUCCAUAGUGAUGUUUAACUAAGCCAAAUAUUUCACUUAUCUAAUAAAAUACUAGUUUAAACAUAUCAAUGCUGUUUCUAAUCUUAUAGCUUGAUAGAAUUGUUGCAUUUUGUCAUAUGCAAAGCAAUAGAUACAACAGCAACAAUAUCGGCAUCAUAUAUCGGCCAACCUGCACUCACAUUAUCGGUAUCGGCAUCGACAGUUGACCCCUAUCAAAAGUGCACAACUUCAGCUCUGUUGCCAAUGUGUUUUGCCUUGUGGAUCUGUUGUCUUGCACCACUAUGUCUCACUGAAAGUCCCGCCCACAACACUACCUGAUUGGCUAGACAUCAACUGACAGUGUUACAAAACUGAACUAUAAGAGCAACUGGUUGGCUGUUCACUCCAGUAUAUUGAUACGAUUAUGAUGUUGAAAAACUUUUGAUUGUCAGUUUCAAAUGUUGAUAAUCACUAUUGGUAUCGGCCCUGAAAAAACAACAUCAGUCGACCCCUAUUCCACAUUAGUGCACUGCACCAAUGCAAUCCGUUCAGGGAUCAAUAACCUAUCUAUAUAUCUUCAGGCUCAAUAAGUCAGCUGUCAGUCUUACUACUGUUAGGGAUUCCCCUCCUCUCCAAGAAUCCUUCCUGGAUCCAGUAACACAGUUUGAAGGAAAAAAUUCUGUCACCUCUGGCAACAAAUCAGAAGCUGCUUCUUAGCUGGAAAUCCUGCACAGAGUCUCAACUCAGUGGUUACAGCAGUAGGAAUCUUGCACAUCCUCUGUCACUGUCAGUGUCAUCUGCUGUCAACCGUAACAAGCAUCUGCUGCUCCCCACUGCAAACACACACCGCCAUGCACAUACUGAAACUCAUCCUCCUACAGUCCACCUUCACCCACUUCAAUUUCUGCUGCACGCACCUGCCCUGCUGCCCUGAUCAUGUCGGUUUCUACGUGCGCAGCUCGUUUCUGUGUGCUUCAGCUAAAAAUAAUCACCAGCAGCCAAACACACACAUGGAACAUGAAUUAUGGAAGAAAGACAGAGGCACAGAGAGAGAGAGAGAAAGAGAGGCAUUCAGGUCAGAGUCAGACCCAGUUCCGAGAGCCCCUUUCCCCAAGGAUGAUACUACCAGACCACUGCAUUAAUAUUCAGUUAGUACCAUCUAACACAUCAGAACUGUGGUCGCCCGUUAGCUUACACUAACUGAACUUAAGGCUAGCUGAGUUGAUGUGCUACCUCUGGACUAUACGGGCCUGAAACUGAAUCUACUUAUCCUGAAGUUAAAUAUACAUGCAGUACAGUGUUUUAAGUGUAAUGUUAAUAAAUUCAAGGCUUUGCUGAAGUAUCUGUCAGCUGUUUCCUGUAAACCUUCUAAGAGGGUUUUUUAUGUUUUAUUGAUAAAGUAGACUGCUGUGACAGUGAGUCGUUGAUGUGAAGAUCAAUCCUUGAAUUAUCUUUCCAUUAAAUAUGGAGCAACAGUCUCCAGGUAUUUAGCUGAGUUCAGCACACCUGAAACUGAAAAGCUAGCCUGGAUAUAUUUAGCAUAUAAGCUUUUACCUUAUAGAGCUGGUAAAGUAAUUUUUCAACAUUUAAAUGUGGUUGAAAUCAGCUUAUUUAGUGUCAGCCUUUAUUAUGUGAAAGGGGCUGAUAUAGGACAUAUAAGUGAUGACUGAUUUUUGUUUUAACUACAUUGACAAUGGCUGUGGCAAUUCUUACAGUUAGCUCUCACAGUUUAACUUAUUAGUCGUUGAAAGAUUCACAAUGAGACCCCCUGUGUCCGAAUGGCAAUUUCUUCACCAGGAUAGUGCUGUACGAUAAAACAAUAACGACAAAUAUCGAAAAUGAAUUUCCCUCAAUAUCGAUAUAAAACACGGUCAGUAUGCUUUUCUAUAGUCAGCAUUCUGCCAUGUUUUGGUAGACUAUACAAAUAGCCAAUGAAAAGGGGAGUUGCUCUGGGUCCGCUUCGUGCUGAACCAAUCGUGCUGAAUUAGAACACAGUACACAAACGACUGCAUAGUAGCAGGCUGCAGCUACAUGCAACCAUAACACUUCAACACGUGAAGCUGACAGCACUGUCAGUGAGAAAAAAAGAAAAUGAGUGUUACCCUCGGCAGAAAUGCAGAUGAAGGCUCAACAGAUAAUGACAUCGUCAAUACAAAAGGUUACAAAAGGUUACAAACCCAGAGCGGAGCAAGGAGCCCAUGGUGCCUGUGCAUCCGAAACAGCCAACCAUUCAGUCCACUUUCUCUAGCGCCACGCCUUACGACAAAAUACAGUAGCUUGUCUUAUUGCAAAAGACAUGCUACCAAUAAGUACUGUUAAAUUUCAUUUUUUAUAUCGUGAUAUUUAUAUCGAUAUCGACUGAUAUGGAAAAUAAAUUAUCAUCUCCAAGCCCUACACCAGGAUUUAACAGCCAAAGACGUAGCAUGUAGAAUUCAGCAGCACCUAGCAAGCUUGGUAGAAAUCAAAUACAGUAUCAGUAAGUUUAUUAUCUAUGAUUCUACCGAAACCCAAAACAAACAAAAUAGUAACAUUUGGGUUUUUGUGUUUAUUAAUAAGUGGCUGCCUGUAAUGCAUUAGUUUAAGUUGGAGAAGAAGAGAGUCGAUUUUGUGUUAAAAAUGUGCAUCAAUAGAUUUUUUUGGGCGGUUAAAACUUGACAUGAAGAUUCAUAUUCAUCAUACACCACAGGAGCUCCUUGACCACUGCCGCCUUACUGACAGGGGUGAGCAAGGGAGCUUUAUAAUCAAGAGUCUCACCAUGAGAUGUUGCUAAAUAUUCUAAUUUGUUCACAUUGGGACUAGUUUAAUGCGCAAAACUUUAUAUUAUAAGUGAUGUAACUGAUGAAGCUUUGGCCUCAUCUUCACCGUUGCGCUAGAUUAGCUGGUAGUUGGUGUGAGUGGCCAUUUCCUACACGCUAACGGCACCUCUCUGCCUCAUAACGCCUCUUCAGAAAAGUGAUACCACAGAGACUACAUCCAUGUCUUAUGAAGUCUUUGAGUAUAUUGUGCAUGAGUUGCUUGCACACCCCCACAGCUGAAUAAUCAUAGGUCUUAGCUAUGUGUUUAGGUUAGAGGUGGAUAGAUAUUACAUCUAGGCAUGAGAGUCUGUGUGCCAUUAGGAGCUUCUAAAGGAGCUAUAAAGGUGCAUGUAACUUGUCUCCAAAAGGUGCAAUUAAAGUGGAAGGAGGGCACAGAUGACGUCAAUCAAACUGAGUUUGUACCCGCCCACAUGGCCCUGAUGAAAGUUUUAAUCUAGCAGAAUAAUUAAAAAUGCCAGAGUGGGAGGGUUGAUGGAUGUUUUGGGCAUUUAAAGAUCCGGGGAGAGAUCCCUUGUGACACAUUCAGAUAUUACUGUGUGAUAUUGACCACAGCUUGUGUUUACAAACGAGGAAUCCUCUACAGCUGGAAUGACUGGAGUAAAUCACAUGUAGCCUGUAGUUUAAUGUCUCUGAAGAAUUACAUCAGACUCAUUAUGGAGGCAGGUAUCUUCAGGCUUUUAUUGAGGCUUGAUUUGAACUCAUUUGACAUUAUGAGGGCAGAAAUGUUUGUGUCAUAGCGAUUAGAUGCUUGUCAGUAUUCUAUUUGGGGACUGUGAACACUAUACAGCCAGUGGAAACCUGAGGAGAAACACAGGCAUUUGUUCUAGUUACUCAGCAGGGCACACUGUAUAUGUUUGUGUGUGUUUGAGUGUGUGUACAUGCUUUUGUUUCAGGAAUGUGCACAUGUAUUCAAUCACAUGUUCUCAGUUACAUGUUUGGAUGCAUAUUUGUGUGUGUUUGCACUCGCAUGCACAGUUGUGUGUGUAUUUGGGGACCUUGUGUAGUAGUUUGUGGCUCCAGAGUACUGACCUUGAACAGUUUGAGCACUGUCUGCUUAGUCAGGGUUACUGCACCUGCUCAUGUCAAAGCGAAUAUCCUGCAGCAUCUACAAAUCUGUACAAAUAUCUAUCUAUAAAUCUGUUUAUAUGUGCAUGCACCAACGCAUCAAUCUGUUUAUAAUAUCACUUUAUGUUUUUUUCUCUUUGUCUCUCUCUUCAGUGUGUGAUUUUAAGCAUGAGUAACAUCUACGAGUCUGCAGAGGCCACGCUGGGCUUCAUCAGCUCUCCAUGUCUGACCAAAGUGGAGCUGAGAGUGGCCUGCCGGGGGAUCUCAGAUCGUGACGCUCUCUCCAAACCGGAUCCCUGCGUGGUGCUUAAGAUGCAGUCACACGGGCAGUGGUUUGAGGUAUGCACAGGGAAGGGAUGGUGAAAGUCUAAAGGUGUGUUUUCACUUUAGACAGACUGCUUUAUGAGCAGAAAAUCAGAGCACAACGGCCACAUCGGCUCAAGUGUUUAUGCAGAUAUUUUACUUUGAGCAGUUUGAUACACUCCCAGGCUAAAUUCGACCCACUUUUCCCUCUUUUUAGAGGAAAUCCACAGAGUCCCAGGAAGUAAUUGGCACUGAUAUGAGUUACACGACUAUUUCCCCGGUUAUAUAACAUUACUGUUACCUUUCAGUGACCCUUUCUUUCUUCUCCAGCUCUGCAAAGUUAAUCCAACCUUUAGAGACAAUUUCAAUGAAAUACACAAACUAGCAAUUCAACAUAAUUUCCACUUCAUUUGUCCAUGACCCGGCACACCAAGCAGAGUGGCAUCAGAAGUGUCUCCAUCUCCUCUGCAGAUGAGUCACAUUAAUCUUUCUGCGAAGACAACACUCAAUUAUUGAAGCACAUCAGUGAAUUCAUAUUUGGAUGGUUGAUUGUGAGUAAUCAAGGACUAUGAUUGUGCCGCUCACCUACUCACGCUGGAUUGCAGAAAUAAUGGAUGCUAAUUGCAGCAGAAGGCAACCAAAAUGACAACUUUUGUAGACAUGCAUGUGGAGCGUGAAGAAUCCAUCCAAAACCUUGGAGUUGGGACAGAAAAGCUGCACCAGUUGAGCACCAAACUCAUUUCUCUCAGCAUGCAGUAGCAGGCUGAUUAUAAUCCAACAGAUGGAGACAACAUCUCCCAAAGACAGAUUUCAUAGCGAGCUAAAAAUUGGAAGAUAAAAUUGAGGAGAAGUGUUUUACUUUUCUUUCUCCUCCAGGACUCGACCUGCUGUUUCAGAAACUUCAGUUGGAAUCUCCUUGUUGAAUUAUUAAAACACAUAUUAGCUGAACUUUGGGUGGCAGAGAAUGGAGAUAAAUCUGAAUGAAGCAGGUCCUUAUCUGUCUGUAUUUCUCAUUCCUUUUAUUCUGAGAAGAAUGACAUAUGCUGCGAAUCUAUCUUUCUUUACACACACCCUCACACAUCUAGUGCUUAAGUGACCUGCAAUAACAGACACUCAUGGACAGAUUCACACAUUCACGCAGGCAUACACUCAACAUAUCACAUUCACACACUCCUAUUCCACAGAGGCUGCAGAUCAGGUGCAAAGAAAGAAGUGCAGCAUUACACCGUCUGUAGAGAUGCCACACAGGCUUUUUGCACAGAUAAGUGGUGCAUGUAUGUGUGUAUGAGUGUGUGUGUGUGUGUUGAUUUAAGCCCCUCUUUGGGAGUGUUGGAAUGGACAAAUGUUAUCACUAUCCAUCAGACUCAGAGGCUCUUAAUUGGAUAAUCUCUCAGAGAAAGUGCUUAAGCCACUGGGCGUGUGUGUUUUCCUUUAAUGAGAUGCCAACCUAUUGAGGUAAGUGUCAAAAAAAGGCCAAAUCUGUUUGUGUUUCCCACUCUGAUGAUAUGCCAUUGCCUGUGCUGCAUGUGUGCCAAAGGGUUAUCAACAAUAAGAGACCCAGUUGUUGCUGCUUGUGUUGAAUUUGUGUUGUCAGUGGCGCUGAGGCAGACUUUUGUUUGGCUUUUUCUUGCUUUUUCUUGCUGUGACAGGCGGCUGUAGAAAAGAAAAUGUGAGAUCAAUGUUGUGACUACAGGCGCCUCUCUGUUGAGUCAGAGCGUUUGUAGGAUUUAAGCCAUCAAAAAAAAAUCUAUAUCCCCCAAUUCUGGAGUCCGAUAAGCGUAAACAAUGUGGUAAUAGUAUUUGUGAUAAUUGCUGCGAUUCUGAAAAGUCUGCAGAGGUCCUUAAUCAAUGCACAGAGACAACAAGCUGAAUGUGAAAUGAAGUGAAAUGAAGGCUUCAUACCUCAGCUGACUUUUAACUACAAACUCAUCUGACAAUGAAGCUCCCCACUGUACAAUAGAAGCUCUGUAAUUAUUCCUUCACACAUUCAGGCUUUUACUGUAGCUAAAAAGUAAUAAAGCGAUGAGUAACACGUUAUUUUAAGAUCUUAUGGAUUUUCUCUUCCAUGUAAGUGAUUUAAUCUGACUGAAAGAGACCAAAGCACUCUGGGCAUGCUCCACAAUUAACACGCCAGAAGUUGAGCAUAUAUGCAUUGUUUUGGAGACGUGUAGUAAAGACGACCUGAUAGAUAGAAGUUGAAGGGCGCAUAUCACCUCUGACUGUAGCAAAGUAGGGAUGGGCGAUAUGGUUUAAAAACUAUCUCACGAUACAAUUUGCCAUUCUGGUGAUAACGAUAAAAGUCCCGAUAAAAAUAUUGUAAUUCCAAUUAAUAUUUUUGACUUAUUUUGUCUUGAGAACACCCGUUGGAGUAGUCAAAUAAGAUACUUAACCACCAUGUUCGUUUGUUAUUCUGCUCUGUGUGGGCUAUGGCUGCGAGUCCGUCGCUCGCACUUAUGUCAUCACCUUGAAUUUAUCGUAUUUAUCAUGAGAUGGCAAAAAUUUCUCAUGGAGGAUUUUUCUGACGAUAUAUCGUGAAUGAUAAUUUAUUGCCCACCCCUAUAGCAGAGGUGGACAUAAUUUUGUCAAUAAAUCGAUUCUUGCCCUGUUCUUAUGAAAUGGGACGGACACUAAAUCGCCUGAUGGAGCUUUAAUUGUAGCUCGACUUAACUAUGCUUCUAAAUGUACCAGCUAAGUCUUCAUCCAUGUUUAAUACAGUGUAUGCAUGGUAGCGGCUCAUUCAUUCAUGUUUGGUUUUACAUGAGAAGUCAGUUCAAUUAACGGAUGCAUGCAGUCACAGGCUAAAUAAUGGAGUUUGUACACUGAUUUAUGGAGUUCUCCUCAUUUUCCUCAUGGACUCAUUAAUCACACUUUGAGAAGCCCAGGGUUAAGUUGGAGUGUGUGUUUAUUCACUCUUGUCUGUGUGUGUAUGUGUGUGUUUGUGUGUGUGUGUUUUCAGGUAGACCGCACAGAGGUGAUUCGCAGCAGCAGCGGUCCGGUCUUCUCCAAGAUCUUCCUGGUGGAUUAUUACUUCGAGGAGGUGCAGAGGCUUCGCUUUGAGCUGCAUGACAUCAGCUCUGGGAACAACGGCCUACGUGAUGCCGACUUCCUGGGAGCCAUGGAGUGCACCUUGGGCCAGGUCAGUGGCACAUGCUGUAUCCCCUCAUCCUUGAUACGGACCAGAAUGGUUGCAACAUGUUGAGCUCUUUGCUGUCUGUGUACUUUUCAGUGAAAUAGAGAUUUCCUCGAAGUCUGUGCACAAGCUAAAUGAUGCAUGACGUUGACAUCUGCUCAUCUGAACACAUGUUUGAGUGCAUUUAGUAGAGAGUAGAGAAAAAAGAUGACAUGAGCAUGUCAGUGCAGGUGAAUGCAAGGCAGAAGAGCAUACAUGUGCAUGAGUAAGUACAGCUGAACUGAUCCUCUGUAUGUGUUAUUUUUAGUGCUGUACAACACUUUGGUCUGUUCCAGAUUAUUGCAUGCAACCUGCAUGCACUGCAGGAUGGAUUAUUAAUCCUUGUAGAGUGCAUUUAGCCUGCUGGGAUAUUAAAUGUAGGAAUCAGGUAAUGUGACUUUAAUUGUAAGGCAAGAGAGCAACUUUAAAUUGGAGGGGAAAACUUUAGUCGUGCUGGGAAUCCUAAUGUGUUUCUGUUUCGCCUGAGGUUGCCGAUUGUCGCUUUCUGCAUUUACACAGAGCUGCUGCUGUCCUUGAGUCCUUGGUUGGAGAAGUCCAGAGGGUGCUUUGAAUUAUGUUUUCAGGGCACAUUUGUAUUUGCAUAUGCUAAUAACUACGGCCUUGUUUCUUACUUAAUGGUGUUUUGCCUUUCUUAAUGCCGGAGUUGUAAUCAGUAUUUUAAGAUUUGUUGUACGCACUUGCUUCAGGAAUAUUGAAAACGCAUUUGAAGUGAAAAUCUAAAUUGCAGCAGUGCUCAUUAACAAGCGGAGCGAGUUGAUUUCAGGAAAUUACAAACUACAUCACAGUGAGUGGGAGCACUACAGGGGGAGACAGGGAGAACAAAGAGUCCAACACGCUCUUAAGUGUUUGUUUCCACUUCUCAUUGUGGGAGAGGCUAUCAGCAGCAUAAAGCCGGUGGAUUUACAACACUGGUGAGGAGGGAGAUAAUUGACAAAGAAAAAAGGGGAUUUAAAAGGCGAGAGUCGGGGAGGUUUUGAAGCUAUAUUACAACAUUUUACGAGUCUUGAUACGGUCUGUCUGAGCCUUUGCUUGGAAAAAUAUAGCAAUAAUCUUGAUAUGAAAGCACAAAAGGCGCUGUUUAAGUAAGUGACGGCAGCCUUGUGCCAUUUGCUGCAGCUGUACUCUAUCAUUAAUCUAUUUACAUGUGCAGAUGCAGCCCCCCCAUAGUGUUGUCAUUGCUGCUACAUGCACCCAGCAGGAGAAAUGCUGCAGAUGCAUUGUGUCAGCAGUAUCGACACAAACACAGCAUGUAAGCAGUUAUACAAAACAUGGGUUUGAAUAAGCUCUUAUUAGCAUUUAGGGUGUAUGUUAGCAGUGGCUCACAUGACUUUGAAUAUACAAUGGAGCCACUGAGAUUUAGCCCCCUGUAGGGCUUUAGUAUGGGGUCUCAACAGUUAUUUAGAUAGCUGCGGAGCAUAUUUGAGCGUUGAGCAGCUAAAUAGACACAAAUAUUUCUCAGGAGGUCUCUUUAGUGCCUGAGGCAAGGUCUUCUGAGAGGGUAACAUCGGAUGCUUGUUUGGUUGGCUAGAAAAGGCAAAGCUGCUAAUGAAUGCUAAUGUGGCUUUUUAGCCGCUUUUUAACAAAGUAGUUCCACUAAAUUAUAAGUAAUAUGUCAGUGUUGUGAUGACAAGUUUUCUCCUGCUGCCUCCAAACGGCUAAAAAAUAAAUGAUCGAUAGUUUGAUGCUCCUGGACGAGGCUUGAGUUGUUUAUAAAAGGAGGGAAAAGUGUUUUUAGACGUUCAGAGAAUCUCUACUUCUGAAAUUUUAAAACAACUCUUUCUCAUACAUAUCUCUCAUAGCGUGAAGUCAUCCCUGUUGGAUAAGGCAGGUGAUAAGCAGGGUGGGGAGAUAAGAGUCUUGGGAGGCGGGACGUAUCAUCAAAAGCAUGCCGCUGACGCCCUAAUGUUUACAGACAGAUGCUGCAAUGAGAGUUUUUGCAUUUAUAUCAGAGCAACAAAUCCCCUGCUGCAUCCCCUAAUCUCACACAGGUAAGGUUGGGGUGAAAAAUUUGACUGUUUGCACUCACACCCUAAAAAUUAGAGGACUUUUAUAGGAGUUUUGAGUACAGCUAAAACAGACAAACAACAAAAAGAUGAGAUAAAACGGUUUGUCCACAGGGGGCACAUAAAGCUGAAAUCUACUCUACGCUUAAAGUGUUUUAAUUGGGACACUAGUGGUAUUGUGGCCCAAGUAAGUGCCCCAUAUACUGAGAAUAUGCCUCACAUGGACAGCCAGGGUCAAGGUCAGAGGUUAGGCGUCUCCUCUCGCACAUGUUACUCCUCCACCCUUCCCCUAUUUCCUGCUUUAUCCCAUAGACUGUAUAUUGAAUGGACGCCGUCUGCCUCCUCACUGGGUGAAGCCACUCCUAGAACAGCACCCUCUGGUGACGGACUGUAGUAUAGGUCAUAAAUCCCACCUCCUCCAGCAAUCCCUAUGGAGCUGUGGACAAACUUUAGAAGUUUAUUACACAGAACAUACAUUUUUCUCCCCCCUGGUUGUGAUGUUGACACGUAGUUACUGUAAGACUGGUUUGUGCCCAAGUCCUCUUUUUUCUGUGCAGCUCCAUUUUUAAAAGUUAUAAGGGGGUUCAUGUUUUCUGUGAUUGACACUUGAUACAGCCUAUGGGUGUAAGAGGAUUGCAUAGCUCGCCUGGGGGAUACGCUUCUUUAGCUGAGCUUCAUCACAGCGACUCUCCCACCAAAUGCGUACAACACUACUGUGCAAGUGGUGGAGUGCGUACAACCUUACUGCGCAGUGUUGGUUUCAGAAAGUGGAGAAAAUCCCUUCAAAUCAGUUUACUGACGGAAGAUGGAGGUCAAUGGUUUAUCCACAGUCCAAUCCUCCCCAGUUAACACAAAAAGCCUAAAAAAACAGCUUUUGACAGCUUGCUGAGCUAACAACCUGCUAAACAGGCGAUUAAUUCAAUUCAGCAGCUUAUUUGAUAGUGAAGUAAAUUGAUAUGAUUAAAAAGAAGUGGAAAACGAGGCGUUACAUCUUGUUUCCACUCACAGAGACUAUUUCCUUUAUCUCAGUUGCUUGAUUGGGUUCAUACGAUUAAAAAGGGCACGAUUAUCAACGCUUUGUGAAUCUGAGUAAUGAUAUCCUGCUAAAACAUGGUUUCAUGUUUUAUAUGUCAGGUUGUUAGUCACAUGUAGAACCAAAUUAAAGAGGAGGACCCGUGUGCAGUUGACGGUUUAUUAUACAGAAGAUAAGAGGAAAAUAAUUAUAAUAAAAUAAGUCCAGAAAAAGUGUAACAAAAUCACAUAAAGACACCUGGAUAACCAGGAGGAAGCAUGGACAGGUUGAUAAUGAUCUGACACAGGAGGGAGGAAGCGCAGAGACUAAAUACACACAAGGGUAACGAGCAAAGCGAGAACAAACCACAGGUGCAAACAAGGCAGGUACACAACCAGGAAGGCAGGGAAACAGAAGUUAAACAAGACUGAACACACUCAGAGUCAGAAAUACUAAAUAAAACGGUUAAUACUAAACAAACUUAACCUUCCAAUGUUGUCGUAUUUAUUUGUCUGUCCUGGCCCUCACUGUAACCAGAUUUUUCCUUCACCCUGCUCAGAAAAGUGAAAGGUGAAUAGAGUCAAAGAGAUGGCAGAUACAACCGGUGAUACCAUCAAAGAGAAAAUUACAUUUGACAGGAACAGAGAGAGGUGACUCAACUGUGCUGCUUUAUGUCCACUGAGUGUGUAAAAAGGCAGAGAGCUAACAUAAAGAAAAAGUGCCAGGUGACGGCGGGGUGACACUAACAGGGCGGGCUGUCUGAAGGGAGACGCUGCGUGGGUUUAAUGCGGGCUGCGUGUCUUUGUUUCAGAUCGUCUCUCAGAGGAAACUGACCAAAGCUCUACUCAAGCAGGGAAACACUGCGGGGAAGUCUUCCAUAACGGUAUGACGGUGUUUCCAAAACGUCAAUCACACACACACUCAUAGACACACAAACACAAACACUCAAAUCAAGCAUGCACUACCUCUUGCACUCAGACACUCUGUGGAUAAUUAAUUUGACGAUGUUGCCUAUUCAGUCUGCUCUCUUCCUCAUUUCCAUCUCAUUUUCUCUCACCCCCUUGAUCUACUUUUCCUCUUGCUGCCUCUCUUAACCUCCUUUCCUUCCUUCUUCCCUUCCUCCUCCCCCACUCUAAAGGUGACAGCAGAGGAGUUGUCGGGAAACGACGAUUAUGUCGAACUCUCCUUCAGCGCUCGUAAGCUGGACGACAAGGUUUGUGCAGCAGCGUGAGAAAGGCUGUGUGUCUUUCUUUAAACAUGAGAGGAAUUAAUGUUCAGGAAAUGGGAAGAGGCAGGUGUGUGUGUGUGUGGGAAGGAAAAGCCUGUGGGUGGGUGGGGGGGCUGUGGGAUUUAGUGAUGAAGCAACUGGCGCAUAAUACACAAGAGUGCAAUCUGGCGUUAGGAGGCCUGCUGAGAUAGGUGGCCACCCUCUCUCCCCCAAUAACCCCCGCCCCUCUAUCUCAACUCACAUAGAUAACUAUAUUAAUUUUCAGCCUCCACACACUUACACACACAGAGAGAGAGAGCCACGGAUGACUAACCCAAACAAGUUAUGCCUUAGGGAAAAGAGGGUAAGGAGGGUAAAUUAGAGCGGACAGGGAGGGGGAUGCAUAAAAGAAAGAUGAGAGAAAAAAGGGUGAAACAGGGUGAAAAGAUGAUUCUGUUAGUGUGUGAAUGAUUUAUACUGAUCAAAAGAAGCUCUGAUGCAACACCUCACGUGUGUGUGUGUUUUCCCCUCUGAAGGAUUUCUUCAGCAAGUCAGAUCCUUUUCUGGAGAUUUUCAGAAUAAACAAUGAUGGGACUGAGUCGCUUGUUCACAGAACUGAGGUAAUAAAAUUCACAGAAAAACACAUUUUAUCACCUACUGAUGCGUGUCAUUGAUACAAGAUGUUGUUUUCUUUACUGAUAGACGGUCAUGAACAAUCUGAGCCCAAACUGGAAAUCCUUUAAGGUUUCUCUGAAUACUCUCUGCAGUGGGGACCAGGACCGAGAGCUAAAGGUAAAUCGUUCAAUACCAACAUCAGAGCAUCGUCAGUUUAGUCAUUUUUGACUUUCACAAUUUUAGUAUAGUUGUAGUCCUGGAAAGUUCAGAACAUUUCUGUUUUAGUGAUAGUGUUUUAGUUCAUAAAAAGACAAAAUGCGGUUGUAAUGUUUUCUGUGUUCACACUAAAUCAGCUCAUCAAUCAAAAGUUGGUAUCAAGGUUGUACCAAGUGCUUGUACCCCUCUUUUGUGGGCUGGGCAGGUGGAGUUCCUGACUCAGCCCCUAAUGUACCAAAAAAAACCCUGAAACACCCUAGGCAGGCAUGGUAAACAGACACAGAGAGAGACACAUGGAGGCAGAGAGGAUUCAUCCCCUCAGAGCAUUUAUUACAAGAGAUAAAAUUAACACUGCGCCCUUGAACUAACUCCCCCUAUUAAAGGAGUGCUUGUAGUUUGAGUACAGAUUGGAGACAAGGCGGGCAGAUAGCACAAAUAUAAAACAUCCCAUGGCACGCCUUAAACUUUAUGUCCAGUUUUCACCUCGUUGAUGAGAGUUUUUGCCAUCAGUGUUUGCUGAUCUUUUUGCCAUGGCUCGCCGUUGUUCCACAUUCAUCAUGAAAAGAAGGUCAAAGCACAUUUAUCGUCCCAUUUUUAUGAACAAGAUUAAGCUAGGUAAAAGCAGGCAACAUUAAGGGAUGGACGAUGUACCCAAAUGUGACGUUUAAACAUUUAAAACGCCCCCUACUGUUUGGUUGUGGUUUGGGAUGAAGCCUGCCCCCUACAUGUAAACUGAUGGGACAUGGAUCAGACUUUUUUGUCAAAUAGAUUUUUUACUAACUCUUUUUUUGUUGUUAUAAUUAUCUUAGGACUGAAACAAUUCCCCCAGAACCUCGAUUAUAACAAAUGAUCGAGGAAUUUUCAAGCACUCAAUUAUAAGCUGGGGCUUUUCUUCUGCAGAGCUCCAGUCGCUCAUUAGCAAUUCGCCUCUGAGUCGUGGGCGGAGAAAGCACUGCUCUGCACACUCCUGUUCAUGCUAGCUUGCAGCCUAACAUUGCCGGUGUAGUAGCAGAAGUAGGUAACAUAGGAACUACUCAGCUCUUAGGCACUAAUGUCUUUAGAGACAUGAUGAAAGUUAAUAUCAUAAUUAGCUUUCUUACGAGGCACUGCAAUAUGCUAACACACAAGCUUGUCCUCUGUAUCUCCGAGUCUGGCCUUCAUUGCGGGGCUCCAGGGUUGGAGCUUGGAUUUGUGACAUAGGAAAUCUCACUGUAUUUCAGUCUGCCAUUUGGGUCUGAUUACUCGAGUAACCGAUGGAAUAUCAGGUAGAAUACUAUUACUAAAAUAUUCGACAGCUGCAUCUAUAGUUAUCAUCACACUGAUUUACACCCAGAUGCUCAGUUUCUAUUUUUACUCAGUAUUUGAUGGAAUAAAAUGGAGGAUAAUGCCAUGAUUGACAUUUCUGUUGACAAAUAUAACUCUUGGGGCAUGUGUGCGCUAGAUUAGUAGAGUAGAAAAGUAACUGAACGUUUCAUAACUGUGAGUGUCUGCCUCUGACUGACUGACUGAAGAAGCUGUUACACUGUAGUCUGGUCUGACCUGAACGAUCUUUGUUGGUGUCAAUAAGUUGAAUAUGUAAGCUAGUGCUUGACCAGCCAGUGUGAAAGGUCAGCAGAUGUCAUUGAGGGUAUUAUGGCCUCAGUUUUUUGUAAUUGGAGUUGAGGAGGACACAAAAUCCGUCCUUAAGUAAAGUCAAUAACGUCAAUACUCAAGUGUAGGUGCUGGUAUGAGGUAAAAACCCUGUGUCAGAGCAUCUCCUAUUGUGGGUCUUUUGAGUGGGUACAAAUCAUUUAGCGUGGAGGAAGGAGAGGGAAAAAGCGCCUAAAGUCCUGCAAAUGCAUCUCUGAUAGUGUUUUUUUAUCUGUGCAGCAAACUAAUCUAAAUGUCAAAUCUAAGCUUUGAUAAAGCGCCACAUACAAGAAAUAUUUACCUUAUUUAAGCAGAGCUAGAAAUCUGAAAACAGCCUUCAGCCUCUCUGUCUAUUUCCUCUCUUUGAGCCACAGGUUGAGUUUAGGUCACAUGAUCUCGCCUAUUUGAUAUGAAUAGCCUGAAUGAAAUUAUUAAAGAGCAAACGCUGUUGAAUACAUCCAACGUAAGGAAAACUUGUAUUAUUUCGCCUUGUUAUGUACUUUCAACCGGCUGGAUCAGUGAGUGGGUGCACUAUACGGCAGGGGUGCAUUCUUUGGCAUAACACCUGAGCUAAAACGAAAGCUGCCCAACAACCGCUCAUCACCGCAGUAUUUAAGCAGCCUCUUCCUGCGCAAUCCGACAUGAGAUGUGCUAAAGCUUUCAGAAACUCUAUCGGUGUGUUUAUAGCUGCAGACAUGAGGCCGUAUUCAGUUGUGCAAAACGAGGGCUUUAACACACACAUACACUUUCACAUACACACACAUACACACACAAGCUUGCCAUCAGCUGUGGUUUCCAGGGCUACCUGUUUGAAGCAUCAGAGUGCGAUAUGGCAGGAAAGAGAUUUCUAUUCAGACCAAUGCAUCCUUUUCACCAGCUCUUAACUGGCCGAUGCAUAAAUGUAUUACCCUCCUGUGUCGACUCUGUGCGUCUCCUCCUUUGUGCUCCUUCCUCACCUCCUUUCCUCACCUCGACACUUUUCUUCCCAUCCCCUCUCCAGCCGACGGUUAACAGGCACUGAAUGGAACAGCAGCUCUUCAUUUUUUCAUCACUCUCUCCCUCGCAGCUCUCGGCAAACCUGAAGUGGAAAGCACGGCUGCAGAGAGGAGCGCUUGUCUCCUCACACAGAAAUUACUGUCAAAACAAAAGACACACAUGGAAACCACAAAUGACCACAAAAGCAAACAGACACACACACACACUUCAGGUGCGGACACUCUGCAGCAUAAGUACAAGGCAGGAAAUAAGAGGAUUAGUGCGGGUCAUUGUUUUCAAUCAGACGUCUUAGGAUUGGUCGUGAUUGCUCGCCGCUGCAGAGAAAUCAAACACAAAGGUCACAAAGCUUAAUCGUGAAUUGGCUCAUUCACAACCACUGAACCCUCAUGAAAGGUGGAAGCAUUUCUCUGUGUAAAUGAGUGUCUCUAUUGACCGAGCGUAUCGAAUAUUAUCGAUCCCAAAGAGUCCGUGACUCAGCCUGGAUACUGAUGCUUUUUCUCACAAUCGGAAAUACUCCAAACUGUUAUCCUUUUGCAUGAAUAAACAUGAGCCCGCUGACCCGCACUCUUCACUGAUGAAGGAGGCCAUUUUUCUUGUCCACGAGCUCCUUAGAGAGAAACAAAGUAUUGCGCCUAAACACACACACACGCACACACACACAUAAAGCUGUCUCCUAAGCCACGUCCCUCUCAGCAUCCUCAGAUUAAUAUUUCACCGCUCCAUUGCCCCCCUACUAACACCGCCCUUAUCAAUCAUUCAGCAUGGCAUUUCCCUGCAUGCCACCAGCCCCUGUGUGAGCCACUGUGUGUGUGUUUAUGUGCGAGUUUGUUUAGGUGACAGUGUAGCAGCUGUGCUCUCAAACCUGAAGUGGAAAGCACGGCUGCAGAGAGGAGCGCUUGUCUCCUCACACAGAAAUUACUGUCAAAACAAAAGACACACAUGGGGAGUUUCAGACCACCUUUAAGGAGGUGAGAGCAGAGCAGGAGGGCAAACAGGUGAGCAGGAACACACGAAAAUGGACAAAUGUUCUUAUUGAUCCCUGACAAUGUUUAUGUUUACAGCAGGUCACAAAACAUAAAGAAAACAUGAUAAAAGUAACAGAGAGGACAAACAGAGGGAGGGUAAAUGGACACAAUAAACAGUGAUAAAACUGAUACAGACUUUCUCAUUUGAGAUGGAUGCUUGAGGUUAUGUAACAACAAUUUAAAAACACCAUGCAAAGAGUCAUGGUUCAUCUUAGUUCAAAUAGAGCAGACUCCACAGUAUAAAGGAACUAAAUGAAUGAAGUGGCAAACAACCAACAACUGAUUACUGGCAAUAUUUAUCAUCACUAAAGAGUAAAAAAAAGUGUCUAGGAGGCAUUGAACUGUUUGUGUAAGUUACAGGUUGUCUAAUAAUCAUUUCUGCCAGCUGACAAACGGAAAGCACGACUUCAUUGGGGAGUUUCAGACCACCUUUAAGGAGGUGAGAGCAGAGCAGGAGGGCAAACAGGUGAGCAGGAACACACGAAAACGGACAAAUGUUCUUUAUUGAUCCCUGACAAUGUUUAUGUUUUUACAGCAGGUCACAAAACAUAAAGAAAACAUGAAACGAAAAUUCAAGUUUAAUCAUGAGAUUUAAAUUUAAAAUAUGGCCAAAAAGAAUGAAAGUCAUGAGAAUUUUUUUUAAGUGAUUCAUGAUUAUGAAAAAAAAGGUCAUAGUUCAGAUCGAAAGUUAAUCUAUGAGGUAAAAAGUCAAUAAUAAGAUAAAAUGUCAUUUUCAUUAACACUAGAAAAGUUUCAAAUAUAAGAAAAAAACAAUAAAAUGAGAAUAAAAAAAGGUCAAAUGUUUCAAAUAAAAAGUCACUCUUUUGAAAAAGUCAUAAUUGAGAUGAAAACUCACAAACAUAAAAUAAUUAUAAUUUAAAACGAUAUAAAUUUUUAGAUUAAAAGUCACAAGUGUAAGAUAAAGUCAAAAAUGGUCAGAUUAAACAGUCAUAAUGAUGAUAGAGAUUAAAAUAAUUUGAAAAUUAUAAUUGUCUCAUUAAUUUGACUUUAAAUUCAAUAAGAAAACGACUUCAGAUCUCAAAAAUUUACCAUCUUCUUAUUGCUUUUUGUUCUGAUCAUUUUUACUUUUUUCAGAUAAUUUUUAUGACUUUUCAUUCUGUUUUAUUUUACUUUUUAUUCCAUAACUAUGAAAUGCUUACUAAGAAUUUUGACUGAAUAGUCUGAUUAUUUUAUUAGUUUUGUUUUUCUUCUGGUAGAAUCAGGCGAUCCUGUCAGACCCCAGUCCUUCCAAAGUCCCAAAAAUUAAACUCUGAAUACUUGUGCGAGUCAAGUGUAGUGAAGCCCAUAGAAGCAAAGAAAAUUUACACCUGUUUGUUCUUUUAUCCCUUAUUUCUCGGUCUUGCUCUGUGGAGCCUGCAACUCUCAGAGGAAUUAAUUCCUCCUGGGAUGGACAGUCACGCUGGACAAGAUUGAUCGGGCCUUCCUCAGAACUUAUCUGUCAAAGAUCUUUGUGAGAGGGAACUGCUGAAUGCCAAUUAUCCUGCUGGCUUCUGAAACGAGCAGGGACUGACUCUUAGACAGUUCGUUAAAUCGUAGAAGGUUCAAAAUAUGUGAAACAGUUUUACAACUUUGUUUUAUAAAAUCUUUGAUUCAGCUGAUUAGCUUUUUGAUGGUAUUUUGAACCCUUAAAUCAGCUUUUUUUGUAACAAAAUCUUAAUGUUUCUUCACAUAUAUGACUCAAAUUCAUGAAACUGAGCUCGUUCUGUAAAGAGAUGCUCUGAUGAUAGACAUCAGUCCAUCUGUAAAUGAUGUGCCUCCAGCAAUGUCAUUGUGUUGAUGUUAAUCUUCAAUUGAUCACGUUUUAUCCUUAUCACAUUAAAUUAAAAACAAGGAACAAAAGUAAACACGUGUCCGUCUUUUGUUAGGGUGUUGCUAAUGGAAACCAAACAGGUUUUUUCUUGUAAUAAUAUCUUUUUUUCAUUAAAAUUGUACAGCUUUUGCCCUUUUCAAUGAUUAUUGCAGCGAGCUGAACAUCGAUGUCAGCUGAUAUUUGCCCCUGUUUAGAUUUAUCAGCCCUGCAGAAAAUAAUGUGCCAUGUGCUGAUAUCAGCAGCUGAUGUUUAUCUGGAGUCUGACACUGAUUUACUGCUUUAGCUGAAACACUUUACUGCUGCUUUAGAAAAGAGGCCUUUUAUUGGGGUUCGAAAAGCCAUCUGCAGGAUAAACUUGGAUGAAUUUUCAUGGUCGAACGCGACAGAAAACGUCCACACUGCAGAUUUAUUACAGUAUUGAUGAGGAAGAUUGUCAGCGUGUGGUUUGUGAAGCGUGAUAUUUCAAACGUUUACACUCAAGGUCUGCACCGCCAACAUGACAAUGAACCUGUGUGUGUGUGUGUGUGUGUGUGUGUGUGUGUGUGUGUGUGUGUGUGUGUGUGUGUGUGUGUGUUUGCCCAGAUCCAGUGGGAGUGCAUCAACCCUAAAUACCAGAUGAAGAAGAAGAACUACAGAAACUCUGGUGUUGUCACUCUCAACCACUGUAAGGUGAAGUUACACACUCUCCUCUCCUGCACAGUCUCUCUGGGGACUGUAGAGAACGGCUGUUUCACUGACAGUCGAAGGACUGAUUUUACAUCUACUCUAACGUUUGCUGUCUUGCAGUUUCUCGUCCCCUUCUCUGCCCUGAUUGGCUCAUUGAUUUGCUUUUUGUCUGACUACAACUAAGAACUGUCAGCCUGUUAAAUAAUAUAAAAGCAGUUGCAGGAAUGUGAAUAAUGUAGCAUUUGCUUUUCAUACAUGUGCUUCAUUAGGUAUAAUCUUAUGAUCAGUGUCCAUUAAUUCAGUCUUUGUCAUAUGAAGCUCAGAUUUUACUUCUACUUCCACAAACACUCAUGCUAAAGCUUGCUGUCCUGUCAGACAAGCCUGAGCUUUUCUUUUAUUUUGCAGCUUUUUUUUUGUUUGUUUGAUGUAAUAAAAAAGCUCCAAACUUGUUUGUCAGUUAAUUUUCUGUUAAUUAACUGAUGAUUUAUUUUAGCACCAAUUUCAAGCGUCAGCGCGCAUCCACCACAGCAGCAUUCACCUCGUUGAGCUCUUAUCAGAUCCGACCUUGAACCAAAGCUGGGUCCUAAAUGUAAUCAUCCCCCUCCCCCCCUCACAGAUAAUCAAAAUGUACUCCUUCCUGGACUACAUCAUGGGAGGCUGCCAAAUCCAGUUCACAGUAAGUUUCAUCAGAUAUAAUCUCCUCAGUAUUUACAGCAGCAUGUCUUUUUCUGUCCAUGCUCACUCAUGUGCUGUGAAUCUCUGUGUGUGUGUGUGUGUGUGUAUUAAUAUCCCAGGUGGCAAUAGACUUCACAGCCUCGAACGGGGACCCCAGAAACAGCUGCUCCCUCCACUACAUCCACCCCUACCAGCCCAAUGAGUACCUGAAAGCGCUCGUGGCUGUAGGGGAGAUCUGCCAAGACUAUGACAGGUAGAAACCUCGCCAUCCAUCAUCGUUUAGCCAGCGCACACUCACUUUUAAACUCACACACACUCACUUUCAACCUCCCCUCAGGAGCAAACCGCCUGCAUGAACAGAUUCUAACAGGUUUAUAACGUCAAAUCAUAAAUCUCCAGCUCUCAACGGGUCUCAUUCACCAAAUGUGAAAAAAGUGCUCAGUCAGGUUUAAAUUGGUUUCCUGGGAUUUGGCAAAUGUGUUCAAACCACUAUAGUGAAUCCUAAUUAAUCUUACCUGACCUCCGCGCUUGCUAUCGGCACACUGCCAAUUUGUGCGUUGGAGAAAGUGGAAGUAACUCUCAAUCAAAGCCGUGUUCGCUGAAACAGAAAAGCAAAUAGAUUUCAGAUGGAAAGAAAAUGAACAAAAUAACAUCUAAAAUAGAAGAUGGAGAAAAGGUUUAUUUUCCCUCCUAGAGUGAAGUCGGCAAAAUAGGAAAAAUCAGACUUGAAGUUCAAUUACCAAGACGGAGGAUGUUGUGGUUCAGAAAUAUGCACUUCACUCAAGUAAAAUAGAAAAAAAACAUUGGUUUAAGUUUAAAUGUCCAGGAAAAAAAGGAAAUAGACUGACAGAAAAUUCAGGAAAAAUGUGAAGAAGUACUAGAAGGUCUGAAUUCGUGUGAAAUAUUCAGUGAGGUUUGAUGAAACAGAAGGAAGUUUGGGCAGUAAACAGGUCUGUCAUGAUGCCAGAUUUUCAGGUGAUGACCUACAUUCCUGCAAAAACAUCAAUCUUGACUAUUCUGUCCUUAAAAAACACCUUCAAACAUAAACUAGGUAAAUGUCACAGCUUUUAAUACUUUUGUUCUCAUCACUACCGCCUAAGGCUUAAAGGGAUAUUCUGGUGUAAAUUAAAGUUAGGGUCAAACACACUGUAACACCAAGUUAGACACCCCGUAGAGAGAUGAAUGUUACCGACUGCUUGCUUCUGUAGUUAUACUGACUUAAGUAAUGACCGCAUGAUAGCAAUACACAAUGGUCUACAUCUCCAUGUGCACACCAACCAAAAAGCCACUCUCAGCCACAAAUAAUGCUUAGAACAGCACCUAACUUCAUCAACAGUGCACAUAUGGUCCCAGCCAUAGUACUAGCCACCAAACACCUUUUAAUUUAGCCUGAUUUCUUUAGCAAAGAGAUCAAACAAAACUCACCCACUCUCCUCCAGCAGCCACUUGUUUGUGAGGGAGCCCUGAUGAGUCGAUUGGAGUUUCGCAGCUCAAGGAAAAACAUGAAUGAUUAUUACUUCAUGGAAAUGCAAUCAGACUGAGACGCUAAGGCAGAAGAGCUACCUCGUCUGCAGUGCAAAAAGAUUAUUAUGAUGAUUAUUACGUCAAGGAAAUGAUCCGCUGCAACUUAAGUUUACGCUGGAAUAUCCCUUUAAGUGACUUUGUGGCUGUUAGGAAAUAACAUUUUUGCCACAGUAUCAACAGGCAGAGGCAAAAUGCACCUGAAUCUUUAUAAUAAGGUUUAAAAGUACAGUGUAAAAAUGGAGUCAAAUUCCUGACUGAAAUGCCCCCUUGCUCACCUCUCCUGCCAGUGAGACGACGGUGGCCUUCAAGGACAAAAAGCUCCUGUGAUUCAUACUAAGAAUUAUUUCCCCUUUCGUCAAGUUUUUACCAUCAAAGAGUCUUAAACUACAGAUUCUCUUGCACACUAGUCAAAGAUUGUGGUGUUGAAAGGAACCUGGUCCUUAAGCAGAUAUAAUGGCUCAGUUUAAGUGAUUAUUAUAUUCAGGCGAUUACACACUGAUUUAAACAUUCUCAUGAAUAUUAUAUUCCAUUUUACACCAAGUCUGCUCCGCUAAAUGACACUAAAUCUAACACAUUGUAUGAAUGAUGAAUCACAAUGGUAUGAAUCACAACAAUUUUACAGAAAAUGGCAAAAACAAACCGGAGAAUGGAGGUUAAUUUGGUCAUUUCUACGCUUAAUACUGUACAUAAAUACGCUUCAUGAUCCUUUUAGUCCCACACACUCAUUGCUCAGUUGAGGCUUAUAUAGUGUUCCCCCUCUCGCUGGCUGUGCUUUAAAUAAGCUCUGCAUUAUGCCUGGUGUGCGCCCCCAUUUUCGAACACACCCCUGCCUUCGUUAUUUGCGCGUAUACAUGGUCUGAGGCAGUUCUAAAUUUGUUCACAGAGUGCAGCAAAUUCAGGUCAUGAAAUAUUUAUGAACCCGGGGCUCGGUCGUAAACUUUCUCACACACAGUUUGUGAAUGAAGCCUGAUGUUUUUGGCUGUCAUUUGUCUUCCCCUUUGUGCCUUUUUGCAUCAUUUACGACAAACCCUGCGUCUCUCUCUCUCUCUCUCUCUCUCUCUCUCUCUCUCUCUCAUUUCGUAGUGAUAAAAUGUUCCCUGCAUUUGGUUUCGGAGCUCUGAUACCACCAGACUUCAAGGUAAGACAUUCAGGAUGUGUGUGUGUGUGUGUGAAUGUGUGUGUUUGCAGCAGGAUACUCAAGAUUUUAGAUAUCUCUGGCAGGCACAGCUUGCCUUUGAUCAUCAUGAAAGAGGAGCGCAUCUGUCCGCCCGUGAAUUGUUCUGAACAUGUUGUGCCGUGUGUUCCCUUCAAAUUAACAGCUUUGUCUUCUCUGCCCAACGUGAAGGUAUCCCACGAUUUCGCAGUGAACUUCGAUGAGGACAAUCCUGAAUGUGCUGGUGAGCAAACAAACACACACUUGACUCCUUGACUGGUAGAAACUUUCUCAUUCAUGCAUCACACGGGGACCAAAACACUCUCUCAGUAUCACUGCUCUGUGGUCUCAUCCCUCCCCCUCGCUGUCAGACCCAUAUUUCUCCCUCUGUAUCUAUCCCCACUCUCCGUUGCUUCCUCUCACUCAUACCAAAACACACACAAGCAGGCACUUAAACACACACACACACACAGCUGGGAGAUUUGUCAAGUACUUCAGGCUGAAGAUACAGAGAGAAACAACACUAAUCUGUAUGUGUGAAAUGAGCUUGUACGCUUCUCUCCCCACAUUGCUGUGUUCCUGCGGUGAAGGUGCGAGUGUGAACGCUUUAUUUUGUGUGUCCUACAAGAGAUUUUGUUCCACUUUGUGACAUGCAGAGUCUGAUUUAGAUACAAGAGCUCUGACCUGGGGAGAUCAGAACACAAAACACUUAAGACAAAAAGACGGAAGGGGAAUUAAGAGAGCGGUGUGUGUGCAUGUUUCAGGAAUCCAAGGUGUUGUCGAGGCCUACCAGAACUGCCUCCCCAAGAUCCAGCUCUACGGGCCCACCAACAUCGCCCCCAUCAUCCAGAAAGUCGCCUCAUCCGCCUCUGAGGAGAUGCACACCAAAGAGGCCAUGGUGAGAGAGAGAAAAUGAGAAACUUUGCUCUGGUUUUGUUCCUGUUGUUGUGGCUGUCUGUGUUCAGCACACAGGGAGGUGAGGAGAGGACAAACAGCAAUAAAAAGCAGGACAAUAAGACAACAGAGGAGGUAACAGAGGGAAAAAAAGAAACACAGAAAGAGGGGAAUUGAAUCGAGGAAGGAAGUGAUUGAUAUUAAUUAAAUUCCAGUCAUGAAUCUUAAAGCACAAAUUCCUCAGAGCCUUCAUGCCUCCUGCUUCCCUCCAGCUUUCUGGUGGAUAAGAAUGACUUUUAUUCAAAUUAGAUUUUGACAAGACGCCACUUUGAAAACCUAAAAAUUCAGCCAACAUCUAUUCUUCCUUUUCUCCCACCCACAAAUCUCUCCCAUCCGCCCUUUUAGGAAUACUUCAUCCUGCUGAUUCUGACUGACGGCGUCAUCACCGACAUGGCAGACACGCGGGAGGCCAUCGUGCACGCCUCCCACCUGCCCAUGUCUGUCAUCAUCGUGGGCGUGGGCAACGCAGACUUCACAGACAUGCAGAUACUGGACGGGGAUGACGGGAUCCUGCGGUCACCCAAGGGCGAGCCCGUCCUGCGCGACAUCGUCCAGUUUGUCCCCUUCAAGGAUUUCAAACAUGUGGGUGCACUUUUUGAGGAAUCUAUAAAAUCUUCUGGAGGAAAAACUCAGCUUAAGAAAAAUGCAUCCCAGGCAGAAACAGAGUUAUUCUCCAGGGAAGUCCGACAACAUCAAGACAUAAACAAACGAGCCCCUUUACAAGAAUGCAGCAGCAGGGGCUUUGUCACACAUUUUUGCUCUGUUUGUCAGCUAAAUUUGUUUCUUGCGUGGAUGCGUUUUUAGAGUCUGCAUAACUAUGGAGGAACUCUUUUCUAUUCAGCUAGACAGCAAAACUUAGGAGCAGAAGACUUCUGCAGAUAACAAAAGAGGAGUCUAGUCUUGACCUGAUGAAACAUUUCAAAGCACUACAAGACCUUUAUCAAAAAAUACAAUUUUCACCUUUCACAAAUCAUUAAUUUAUUCUCUAUUCCUUUUCUAUAAAGCAGCUAAAUUUCCUGUGAUGCACAUUUCGGAUUUUAUUUUCAACCAACCAAUAACUUCUAACAAAUAUCCGUUAAAAGCCUUCGACUGCACAGGCAGAGCAUUUAUGGGCUUAAGGGAAGCCUGUGAUUCAAAUCUGGCAUCCUACCAAUCUGCCAACGCCAACUUUGUAAUACAAAUUCUCAAAUUAAUUACAAUAAAUAGUCUGUAUAACCUCAGGCAAUAAGCAAAGUGUGUGCAUUAAGAUGAGCAAAUAGCCUCUGUGCCUAAACAGAAACAUAAAACACUUAAAAAAUACUAUUAAAAAUACAGUCAACUUCAUUAAAGUGUAAGUGUAAGUGUAACACACAGUUACAAACUGUGCAGCAAUCUCAUGAGUGAUGGAUACCAGUUGGAUAUGACCAGUCAGAUCAUAUUUAGAUAACCAAAAACAGGACGAAGACUCCUGGCAUGUGUCUGUCUCAAGUAAAGAGUCACGUAAUGUAGUAGUGUAGGUCAGUGUUACUAGAUUAGAAAGAAUCAUGCUGAUUUGUUUGUUUGGAGGCAGAGAAUACGGGCAAAAAAAACACGAGGAGGAAAUAUCUUGUGAUUGAAAUCAUAAAAGAUUGAAUCGACUUAAAAUGAAUGGACAGGCAAAAGCAACACAAAAUUAUCAACAACAUACUCAGCAUAAUCCAAGGAUGACAUUUAACAAUAACCUGACGUCAUAUAAUGACACACAAGGCAAUGUAAAGCAACUGAGCGUGAUGUAACACAAUAAAACACAAUACAGCAUAGCAACAUAGUGUGUGUGACAUGAUGUGACGUGACAUAGUGUAACAUGAUCAUGCCCAACACAAUGGUUCAUAAUGUUACAGUUUGCAACAUGACAAUUCACAAUGUUUCAGACCAUCAUAACAGUGAACUGAGGCGGGUAGUAAGAGUAACUCUGCUCAACUUGUUCAAAGUCAUAAACCCCCUCAGCUUGCUUGCAGUGAACCUUGACCUGCCGGGGUCACUUUAUGAAAGUGGUAGGAAAGAGUCUGGAUAAGGAUGGGUGGAAAGAUUUUUCCUGCAGUUCAGUGCAUGGACUUCCUGUACCUUUUAAAAUUAACCCCUGAAGCCGAUCACAGUUUGAAUCCCACAGCUCUGCCCCACUGUAACCCCAACAGAUUUGUGACAGCAUUCUUAUAACACCACAAAUCAAGCAGUCUACUGUAGUUUCUUCUAAACUCAGAUCAUACAUUUCACACUGUGUUAUUCGUUUUUUUUGCCAAGUUGGGUAUCAACACAAGCUGCUGCUACAGCUAGCUUCCACGUCCUAAUGGGAGAAAUGGCAUCUGCUGCUGGAUUACAGUCCUAAAACAGAACAAGUACAUCCAUUUUAAUGCAGUCACAGGCCUGCAUGGAUGCUGGCUCCCUGUGAAUAUGCUAAAAAACAACUGAGCUUUAAUUGCUCAUCAGUGAUGCAGAGGAAAUGUGUGCAAAUGUGUGAUGACAGUAAUCUAGAAUAAGAAUCACAUCAGGGAUCUGAUCAAACAGGGACAGUGAUCAGUGUUUUAGUCUUUAUCGUACUCGAAAAGUUUCCAGCUGCAGCAGAUAAAUCUAAAGUUAAAAAGUUAAAGUUCAACUUCAACAGUGGCUUUAUCUAUGUGUGUGUGUUUGUGUGUAUAUGUGUGUCUGUGUGUGUGUGUGUGUGUGUGUGUGUGUGUGUGUGUGUGUGUGUGUGUGUGUGUGUGUGUGUGUGUGUGUGUCAGGCAUAGAGCUCUGUAUUCAGGGGGCAAUGGGUUUGAAUAAGUGGGUGUAAUAUGCUUGGUGUGCUCAUCAAAACACAUCAGCUCUUCAGCUCUCUGCUCAUUGCCUGUUUGUAUGUGUGUGUGUGUGUGUGUGUGUGUGUGUGUGUGUGUGUGUGUGUGUGUGUGUGUGUGUGUGUGUGUGUGUGUGUGUGUGUGCCUGUCUCUCUCUGGCAGCAUUAAUUUUGUUUGGCUUUGACAGGGUGUGUUUGGCCGGCUCUGUUAUGGUGAGUUUGGUCUGUGACAGGUUGAGAAAUCAACCAAUUACACCCUAGCUGAAUGAGGGGGAGGAUGGAAGAAGGAAAUGGAACUUAUACACUAACCAAAAAGUACAAAGUGAGAGAGAAAGGGAAGAGACAGAGAGAGAGAAUAAAUCAGGAGGAAACAGAGGAGGAAGGUGACGGGGGAGUGGUGGUGAAGACGGUGUUGAGAGGGAGAGUCAACAGGAGACCAGAGCUAAAGACAAAAGGGAGCAGGGGAGUGUGUGACAGAGGUGGAGAGGUGAUUUUCUGCUCCGUCGUUUCUUUUCAGAGGGGAUUAGCAGGACGGAGCUGCUGUGUGACAGGCAGAGUGGGGGGGAUAACAGGUAGAUAGGAGGGUGGAAAUGAGGGAGGUGGGGGAGCGCUUUGAUGAUGCAUUGUCUCUGAGAAUUAUGUGAGACGGAGUACGACAGACCCUCUGACUUUGAGGAUUCUGGAGAGGGUGCGCUGUGACAGCAUGUGUGUGCUCGCUGACAAGUGACGGGGCUGUGCUUAAUUACUUGUGUUUGUCUGUGUGUGUGUGUGUGAGAAUGUGUGCGUACAUGCACUUAUGUCUUCAUGUAUGCAUAGGAAUGUUUUAUUUUACUCUAAACUUGAUAUUUGAUACUUUUAUAACUACCAAUCUACCAUUUCUCCAGCUGUUUCCUCCUCAGCCCUCGGGUCCUUUGGUAGACAAAAACAUUGAAAUUCUUAUGAAAUAACAAAAACAUGUCCUAUUUUGAACUUUUUAAAAAGCACCCUGAAAAAUACACCUUAUCCAAAGGGUUUUUCUGUGUUCUUGUUUAUAUUCCUAUUAGUUAUUCAUUGCACAGGCAAGAGAGUAGUCUCAAACAGAUGCAGAGAAGUAUAAAAAUAGCUGUCCCAGAGUUGAACUUCUCAAAAUCCCCUCGAACCCCCUUAAAAUUCAGGGAACAUAAAAGAUCUGAUGAACAAUAAGAGACUAUUGUGGAUAUUAUACUGUGAGUACAGUUGAAUCAAAUGCUUUUUUAAACUUAUCCAUUUUAUGUUCAAUUUCAGUAGACAAUAAACUCACAAGGACAACACCUUACACGUUUCCAUGGUAACUGAAAUGGUGUAGGCUGAAGCUAGCUUAUUUAGGCUAAUUACUUACCCCUCUAAUGGUAAUUUUUGUUAACUAAAACUACUGAAAUAAUGAAAACUAGUAAAACGAGGUUCUGCAAAAACAAAAACAACUAACUUGAUCUACAUUGAGUGUUUACAAAUUUUACUAAAAUUACAAAAAAAUGUCCUUCCUCACAGUCUUUGGCACACACACCUUUGUCAGUCUCAGCAGCAGCCUCAGGUGUUGGCCUGACCUUCAAAGUUUUGAGAUCUUUCUUGGGAAAAUUUAGAUAGAUUAUUAGAUUAGAUAGAUUUAGAUAUCAACAAAUCAAGACAGCUUCUUGUUCACCUAAUGACUAGCCAUUGUUCUGGUGGACACGGUUCUUCAAAAAUAAUAUCCUUCUCGUUUUUAGCCAGGCUUUGUGGUAAAGAAUAAAGAUCUUAUUCUAUAAAGUCUGUCAUUGUAAUAUGAUAAAAAAAGAUGAUCCUUGAGGAUUAAUAAUAAAUUACAGUGAUAGUCAGAAGAAGAAGGGGUUGGUCUACAUUGACUUUGAACAGAGAGAGAGCGGCACACUAACCGGACACACUGUAGCUGCUGCAUCUUGAAGUAGUUUUUUGACGUUAACUGGAUGAAAGUUGAGUCCUUGGCUUUCACUGUAGUAAACCUCUUCCUCCAACGAUGCCCUCAAUUCAGCAUGAAUCCACCUGUUGCUGAGCAAAACUAGUUGACGCACAUGCGAUGAACAAGCAGGGGCAUGUCCAUAGUUUAAAACAGGGGUGGCCCUACCCUUGCACAGACUUAUUCAGGGGGGGAUGAAGCAUGUGAGUCCACACACAACUAGAUAUCAAUUGUUGUUGAAUUUAUGCUGUGACAAUUUAACCCUGUGGCUUGUAUUUAGUGGGUGGUUGUUGAUCUUUAAGAACAUACUAUAUAUAUAUAUAUACUUUUUUACAAUGGUGUCGUUAGAUGUUUUUUUUCUUUACAACAAAUUUUUAGACCCCCAACAAGUAUCUCAAAUGCAGAAAUAAUUACUCAAAGCAAGUGUUUUCAAAAGACAAAAAACAAACUAUACUUAAAACCCAGCUCAAAAACUAAUCAGAACCAAACUAGGGGGAAAAAACUGAAAUAUUUCAGAACUAUUGUAACCCUUUUUAACCUUAAUUACUGUUUUUGCAAUAAUAUGUUCAUUGCAAGAACAACACAGAUGCAUGUGUGACACAGUUUGUCAUUUUCAGAUUGCAUGUCUCACAGGUUUACCCCCACUUUCUGAUGAAUAAUGAAUGUUAUCAUUUCAGUUUUGGCUUUAUACAUUAUUUUUACUGAAUUGCAAUCUUCUAAGUCUUUGAAUCUUAGUUUAUUAAGCUAAAUUAAUGGUCAAUUACCAAUAUAGUUUUGCUUAUGAAUCAUAUGGCUUUCUUUUGCAAUACAAUGUUAGCUACAAGACCGUGACGGUCCUUUAUAUCCUUUAAAGUUGUACAGUCCAAAUUUCAGUUGAAUCUGCAGGCACAGGCGCAACAAUCUGAGAAUAACUUUCCAAUAACAUUCCUUGAAGCAUAAAUUGUAUCGGAUUUAAUAACAAGAUUAUUUAUAUAUUCUUCUGUGUUCUUUCAUGCAUUUUUAUACUAUAUUGACUGGGGUAAGUCGUGCAUUUUCUUCAGGAGCACAUUUGGAGGAGAAAACAGAGAUGGUACUAGAGGACGAAAGGUGAAAGCAGGGGUGUUUUGAGGUUGUUAAAUGAGCCUGUCUGAUCACAUCAGUCUCACUGGUUCAGACCUUUGACACACCAGACUCAACAGUAAAUACAAGCAUCCUUGAACCAUGCAUGGCUGCUGCUGUGUGUGUGUUUGUGACCUCUCUCCUUGUCUUCUCUCCCCAUGUGUCCGUCUGUGGUGUGUGUGUGUGUGUGUGUGUGUGUGUGUGUGUGUGUGUGUGUGUGUGUGUGUGUGUGUGUGUGUGUGUGUGUGUGUGUGUGUGUGUUUCAGGCCUCUCCAGCUGCCCUGGCGAAGAGUGUUUUGGCAGAAGUCCCAAACCAGGUGGUGGAUUACUACAACGCUAAAGGCAUCAAACCCAAGUGUAUGUCGGACUUUGAGUCCUCAAGGACCUUCAGCCCCUGACAAUGGAAAACAUGCAUCCAACACACACACAUGUAUAUCAUAUAUAUAUAUAUUCUUUAUGUACUGUAUAAUAAGAAAACACAUGCAAAAGCACAAGCACACACAUACACACGUACAUACGGUAGUCUAGCUCAGAGAUUUAGCUCGUUCUGGUGAAACAAUUUGAACUACUCCAUUGAUGACUAUUGCAUGUUUGGCCACAAAGGUGUCACCUGGGAAAUUAUUACUCUCUACUGUAUAUCUGAAGAUGUUUAUAGAAAUAAGAGCAGUCUUCUGAACCAGCAUGCGGACUCAGACCACUAUAGGCCACCCAAAGAAAUGACACUCCUACCUUAUUUAGAUAACUAGCAAGUAAAGAUCUGUGGGGUAGAGAAGCCAAAUAUAUGUGAUUGCAUAGCCGUAAAAAGCUUAGAAUUAGAAUUGCAAAUGUUAUUUGUGGGAACGGUCGCACCCCUGUUAGUAUACUGCAUAAAUGCAUGCAUAAUUCAGCUCUUACUAAUAUCCAAUCUCCCGUAGCCGCUUGCUAGUUAUGAAAUAAAGUAUCUCUGUCAUUUGAGUGACAUUCAGGGCUGUCUUGGGUGUUUUUUGGGUUCUUUUCUACAGAUUUCUUUGAGAUUUUGCUAAAUGGAAAUGAAAAACAGAAUUAUUGUAAUAAUUUCUUAUUAACCUUCUUACAUUUUAAAGAGUUUGGGAAGGAUAGAAACAAAGCGUAUGUGGUAGACACUCAUCUGUGGGCUGAAAACCGUUUUUUUCUGUAUUCUGCAUGAUGAUUACAAUAAAGAUGUUUGGGUUUUAUCAUUUUA